AUGAGAGGCACUCCCAACAGUAUUUCUAAUUUCAGACAAGUAGCAGAACGAUUGAAAUUGGGACAAUCCGUGGAACCAGAAGCAUUUGAGAGUGUCACGAUAUUCUUCUCGGAUGUCGUUGGAUUCACUGUUCUCGCAAAUAAAAGUACUCCAUUACAGGUUGUCAACUUGCUCAAUGAUCUUUACACCACGUUUGACGCGAUUAUUGAGAAGAAUGACUCCUACAAAGUUGAAACAAUUGGCGAUGCAUAUCUGGUUGUCUCCGGAUUACCUCGACGAAACGGUACGGAACACGUGAAUAACAUUGCCAAUAUGAGUUUGGAGCUUCAGGAUAGUCUUCUUUCUUAUAAAAUUCCACAUUUGCCCCAAGAAAAAGUUCAAAUUCGAAUUGGAAUGCAUUCUGGGUCGUGUGUUGCAGGUGUUGUCGGGCUCACAAUGCCAAGAUAUUGUCUUUUUGGAGAUACUGUAAACACUGCCAGUCGAAUGGAAAGUAAUGGAAAACCGGGUUUCAUUCAUCUCUCAUCAGAUGCUCAUGAAUUGCUGACCUCAUUAUACAAAGAAUAUCUAACGGAAAGUAGAGGAGAAGUUAUUAUAAAAGGAAAAGGUGUGAUGCAGACCUAUUGGCUUCUCGGUCGAAAAGAAUAG